UUCGCCUGUGUCUUUGUCAGUGUUCACCUGUACUAUCAGCCUCGCACUUCUGAAUUUCUCUUGAUAACAAAGUUUACUGAAUUUUUUUUUUCAAAUUUUAUGACAUCGGCAUAAUGAAAGUCCUUAAAUUUUCACUGAUUGUGAUUUCAAUUCUCCUUGGAGUUCAGCAAGUGGUGGGUCAGGAACUAAAAUUGGUGACUGUGAUUUUUCGACAUGGCGAUCGGGCUCCUCUGGCUGAUGACGGAGAAUCAUUCCCCACGAGUCCUUAUUUAAACUCACAAUUCCUACCUUAUGGUCCUUCACAAUUGACCAAUGCAAGAAGAAAGCGGGAGUAUGAGCUGGGUAUUCACAUUCGUCAACAAUACGAUAAAUUCCUAGGACCCCUUUAUCACCCCGCGAACAUCAUCGCUCAUAGUUCUGACACUGACAGAACGAAAAUGUCUCUGCAGCUGGUCAUGGCAGGACUUUUUCCUCCCGCACCUGAACAGCAGUGGAAUCCACUCCUCGAUUGGCAGCCAGUUAUCGUGAAUUAUCUCCCGUAUCCAAACCCACUCCUGUCGUACACCAAUUGUCCGGAAUAUCGAGAGGAAGUGGAGAUCGUAGAGCAAUCGCCUGACGUCCAGGAGAUGAUUUCGCAACAUAAUGAAUUAGUGAAAAAUCUCACCCAAUGGACCGGACGACCGAUCGCGAAAGCAAAGGACUUUGAAGAUCUCUACGGGUACCUCAGUGCAUUAGCCGCUAUGGGCCUCAAGCUGCCUGACUGGACCCACGAUAUUUUCCCUGAUGGGGAGAUGCUUGACCUCGCAACUUUAAGUUUUCGUGUUUACAGCUACACUCACAGGCUGAAAAUGCUGAAUGGAGGUAGAGUUUUAAAAAAUUUUACGGAGAGUAUGCAAGCAGUAGUCGAGGGCACCGAAUCGCAAGUAAAAAUGUUUCUGCUGAGUGGCCACGAUUUAAAUAUCGCUGCUCUUCUGAUCGCUCUAGGAGUUUACACGAGGCACCAACCGGCUUUCAGCAGCGCAGUAUUUUUUGAAUUAUCGGAAAAUGCCGGUGAAUAUUAUGUCAGCAUCUUCUACUAUCUGGGAAUCCCCCCAGAGCGCCUCAGGCUCGAAAUUCCUGGAUGCGAGGACUUGUGUCCAUUUACGCAGUUCCUGGAAAUGUACAGAGACAUUUUCCCCACUGAGGAAGACGUGAAAUGCUGAAAAUUUCAAAUUGUGAAACUAAUUUCAUCAAAUUCAGAGCGAGCGAUUGCAGAUUAACAAAUUAUAGAAGUUAUCGAUGGUGAUGCAGUAAUAAUUAGUUAGUUCAUUCAUUGCAUGGGAGGUUUUAAUUUUUUAUGUGAUAAACCCUCUAGAAAAUCAUGAAAUCAAAAUCCUAAAAACUAGAAUUUUUUCAAAACGAAAUUUAUAACUUUUUCAUUUUACUUUUUUCGCGGGAUGAAAUUCUUUAAAAAUCAAUGAAUCAAAAUUAUAAAAUACUCUAGAUAUUUUUAGAUAACAUAAUUCCAACGAAUAUGACUCCCAUGAGGAUAAAAAACCACAAUAAAUUUUCCCCAAAUUUUCCUCGAACAAAAUCAGACGAAGAACCAAAAAAAAUUGAAAUAAAAAAAAUCAAAAUCGUGGUAUAUGAAAAGGUGACAGUCCAUAGAUCAUUGUUAAUAAGUUAUUGAUAAUUAAAGUGACUGAUUGCGAAGGAAAAAACUCGUUACAAUCGAACGUUGAAUUCCUUUCCACAUUGACAGGUAUUUCCUCAAUGCAGUGUAUGAAAGAUUUUUUUCUCCCAUUCAUUCACGCGACAUCCUCUGAAAAUUCAUGUACCAACAAUGU